CAUCGGACAUCCCUAGUUUUUAACUCUUUGGUGUCCCUUUUUCUGCCCCUGUUUUUAUUUGUGGAGUUAAUUACCUCCCGAGAUGUUUGUGACAUUUUCUGUCCAUGUGGUCAGUGCAGUGACGUCUUCUCCUUCGUCUCCUCAAACAGGUACCUUUUCUGACGAUGAUCUCCUCGAUGUGAGCAAAGACAAAAACUACAACCCUGACAAAGGAAAAGGUCGACCUUCUUAUGAUGACAGUGAUCACAUUAACCAGCGUGAUGACAACAGCGAUACCACAGCCGAGGUGGGCACCAUUGCAGGGAUAGUUAGUGCAGUUGCCAUGGCAUUGGUGGGUGCCAUCAGUAGCUACAUCAGCUAUCAGAAGAAGAAACUGUGCUUUGGUAUACAGCAGAGUCUGAACGCUAACAUGGAGAAGGCUGAGAACCCCGAUGCUGUGGUGGCUACAGAACCACAAGGUAAAUACACAUUCACAGUUUUUUCAUCAUUCAUUUAUAACAUAACAAUACUUAAGUUGAUCAUUAGGGUCGGCACCUGA